AUGGAGCUGCUGCGCUGUCUGGGAGGGGGUGGCGGAGGUGGUGAAACCCAGGUGCUCGCUGCUGCCGGCGGCGCGGCGCUGGGCGCUGGUGUGGUCGCCAGUGGCUUUUACCUCAAAGGACUUGCGGACAGCUACAAGGAUGCAACCCACAGACAGCAGUUUGGAGUUGUGCAGGAGGCUUUGCAGCAAAGCUUGGGCCUGGAGAAGAUGCAGCUUCCCAGCUCCUUCCAGGCGGAGGGCCAAGUUUGGCCGACGCUGCAUCCUCUACUGACAAGCGCUGCCUACCCGCAGGUGAGGAUGGCUUUUGAAACGAUCCUCAAGUACCAGAAUGCACGGAAGGUUAAAGCAGACCCAAAGACAUUGGUCUGCGAGCUGCUCAAGACCUGGCUGCGCGAGCAUGCGGCCGAUACCACUCCUGCGCCGCAGGAGGUGGAGGCAUACCGCAACUUGUGCUCCAAGUUGAUGGUGCAGAAGGACAAGUGGAGGUGCUGCCGAGCUCUGCGUCGUGCUAUUGCUUGUAGUAGCAUGACUGCACUCUAUUUCCUGCCAUCCCUGCAUUUUGAUCGUUAUUUGUACAUCAACACAAGGCUGGUAAAGCAUGGCACUGAUGUGGGUCGCAUAGGAAUCAAUAUUUCUGAUGUGGGUCCCAUAGGAAUCAACACUUCAAGCAUCAAAAAUGAAGAACAGACCUUCUUGCGAGUGAAGGGGGAAGAGCUGGAUCCCACAGGGCACGCAGGAGACUCAGAAUGUGCCGAAUGGACGAUGAGCUGA